AUGGCGCAACAGAUGACAUGGGUGUUUGAAGUGAGCAGUCCGACCAUGUCGGCUGACCAGCGCCUAUCCUUUUCCACGAAUGAAGAGGCUUUCAACGAGCUUGCCUGGCUCCUCAUCUCGCCGGAGGAGCCGUCCGUGGCCGCAGCCGAGAAGAGCAUGCAGGACAUCACUCGCUAUAUCUUCAUGUCUCUUCACCUCUCGCGGUCGCUUCUUGGUGACCACUCCACGCUGGACCUUCUGUCGAGCAGCGCCUGGCCGCAGCAGCUGCCCAACUGGACAUCGGAGGUCUUCGCAAAGGCCGAGGCGCUCAUUGAAGGACAGAAGCCAGCACUGGAGCCUUCGCACGAAGCCUCCGCGCUGUCGCUGGCGCGGAGGUGGCAGCCCUGUGAUCCUCUCCGCCAGGCUUGCAGCACGCCAAUCAACAUGGACGGAGGCACAGGACACAAGCCAAUGCCGCGGAAACGCGGCUACAGGGACGGAGCCUUGGUCAUGCUCUUGGUCAGGAGACUUCCAAUGGUUCUUGUUGUGAGUGCUGGCCUGAAGCGACCAGCAGCACCUCAAGAGCCUCAAGGCACCUUGGAAUCAGAGCCGUUGUGGCUCCACAGUGACCAGGGCGCCGGUGCCGAAUCGGCGCUUAUGAGCUCUGAGUGGGAACUCGACCUCUCCAGUGGCAAUGCCGAUGGCUCGACACGCAGCAGCGACGGGGGAGACGAUGGCAGAAGUUCAGUGGAGCUCCGAACCGAGAUCGAGGAAGAGUUGGUGCAUGGCGUGACUUUGUUUGCGAGCUUAAGUGGAUGGGGCAAGCACUGGUCCAAGCAAAGCGCGUCGUCUAUGUACCAAGCUGGCCAAGCCUACAACUUAAGCUUCGUGACGUCGCAGUUUAGGAGCUUCAUAAGUCAUGAUUGGAAGACAUCGGGCUGGCUGAAAUUCCUGGCCCUCUUAUGGGUGUUCAAUUCUCCAGCUGCGACAUUUCUCACCCUUUCCUUUUCCAUUUUCUGGGGCGUCCUCAUUGGAACCGGCCUUGUGUCGGAUGACGUCUGGUGUAUUUUUAUGCCCUACUUGGUGUACUUCAUCGUGCUUUGCUUUUGGCAACGACUUCGCGAAUGGAUGAAGAUUCCUGUGGUAGUCUUUGUAGACAAGCUUUGCAUCCCUCAGCACGAUGCAGCGCUUAAAGCAAAAGGCAUCGAGGGGUUGGCGGCUUUCCUCGACCGGUCACAGAGCCUCACAAUCCUUUGGUCGCCGCGAUAUUUCACGAGACUUUGGUGUAUUUACGAGCUCGGCAGCUACUUACGCCAUGGCAAGCGGCCCGUUCACUUUGUGCCAGUGGCCCUGCCAGUUGUGAUGUUGCUCAUGUGCAUUGGUGGAAUGCUUCUCAUGACUCCGUAUGAGUUAUCCUUCCACAAUGGAGGAGCGAAAGAAACCCUUGUACGAGGCUCGCAAGGCAAAAUCUACUGGGAGUCCUUUUUGAGAACUGUCAGUGUCGUUGCUGCAGUUGCCUUGAUGGUCUUGCCUUGCAUCUUUUUUCUUGGCAUCCGCGUCAUGCACGACCUGCGCAAAGUUCCCGAUCAGCUCCAACACUUCAGCGUCCGAAGCUGUGAGUGCUUCUGCUGCAGUCAUCACCAUCGUCAUCCCGAGACAGGGCAGGAUCUGCCUUGCGACCGAGUUCUGGUUUACAAGAUGCUGAAGAAGUGGUAUUCGGACGCAACCGGACUGGGUAAAGAUGAGGCUUAUCUGGACCGCUUUGAUGACCUGGUGCGUUCGCACUUCAUGGUGACCGCGCUGCAGGGUGCGAGGAGGGCUCAGAUGCCCCUGAGGCACGCGAUAUAUUUGGCCUGCACCAUUGGAGCUCCUGGUCUUCGCAAUGCCGUGCAGGGGGUUGUGCAGGAGGCCUACAGCUCUGGCUUUGAAGAUGCUUGGGCGGUGCUCUUGGCCUCCUGCGACUUUCUGUCGAACUACUUCUUCAGCAUGCUGGGCGUCUUUCUGUUCUACGUAUGGCUGGCGUUUGAGUUCUUCAGCCUUGGAGCCUUCUUGAUGAAGGUCAUGUCCCGCCUCACCGCGACUCUCCUGACCUCGUCCUUGAUGUUUGUGGCCUUCGGCUCGAUCUGGUUUCUCACUGUGAUGGUGAAUGCCAUCCUUAGGGAAAACACCCAAGGCCCCUUUCAAGGCUUAAUGCGGAUCUUUUGGCUGUUGCUGGCCAUCUGCUGCGUGCGGUUGAGACGGGCGUGA